CCGCUUUAUCAGUAGAUAAUACGAUACAUCGAAUCGAGUUUAGAUGUUUCCACGUUCAGUUCCGUAGUGCACCUGCGUGAAAGAGGAUUCUCAGACACCAAAAUGGCUGCCACACACCUCGAUGUUGGUCUACGUUGCAUCAAGUAUCUGCUUUGCGCGGUUAACUCCCUCUUUGUGUUAACGGGAGUAAUGAUAAUAUCUGUAGGAACAACAAUUUAUGCUGUUUAUGAAGAUUUCUCUCAUUUUCUGGAUCCCAGCUAUUUUUCUCCAGCAACUCUUUUAAUUGUUGUUGGAAUAUUCGUUUUUAUAAUAGCUUUUCUAGGAUGUUGUGGAGCUCUUAGAGAAAGUACUUGCAUGGUUCUAGUGUUUGCAGUAUCACUUUCGUUCGUUCUUGUAUUAGAAUUAGCAGCUGCAAUUGCAGCUUAUGCUCUUCAAGAUGGAAUAAAGAAUCUUCUUGCCGAGAAAAUUAACAUUACUAUGCAUCAAUAUGGAAAGAAUGUAGAAGCUACGGAAGCUAUCGAUUUUCUACAAUCGAAACUUUAUUGUUGCGGAUACAAUGGAUAUAAAGAUUGGGAAGAAAUUAUGAAGGAACAAAAAUUUCCUUCAUCUUGUCAAUCAAAUAUUCCAUCAGAAAAUAAUACAUGCAUUUACGACGAUAAAGGAAUUUUAUGUUCUGAAUUUUAUACGACUGGAUGUAUACAAAAUCUUUCAAUCAUUAUUCAUAGGAGUGCACUUUAUAUCGGUACUGGAGCUAUAGCUAUUGCUCUUAUUCAGUUAACAGGAAUAAUGUUUGCCUGUAUGUUAGGCAAAGCAAUAAGAAGACAAAAAACAGAAAGGGAGAGACGUAAAUGGGAAUUAAGGGAAAGUUUAGUCAAUGGUUACCAACCAUUAGGAAAAUCAGAUCCUUUCACUACCUUUCCUGUUGUUUAUAUGUCUUCUGAUUCUGUGAAGAAUUUUUAGGAUUUUUUAUUAAUUUUUAUUGAAAUAAUUUUAUUUAAAGUAAUACUUUUCAAUUUCUUAAAACUUUAAAAAUAUUUUUAUUUUGUACAAAAAUUAUUUUUCUUUUCUUUACGUUUUUUUUUUUAAUUAAAAUUAAUUUCUAUAUGUUAUUUCAAAUUUAAUAUUUCCUUAAAUAUAGAAAUUUGUAUUGUUUAUAUAAAAAUAUAAUUGUAGAUAAUAUAUAUUAUUAUAUAUAUAUAUAAAAUUAAUAUAUUUCUAUAAUACGUAACAUAUAAUGUGUAUUUAAAUAUUUUGUACAAAUUAAAUAUAUAUUUUAUUGGAAUAAAUU